AUGUGGAAGAACCUCAUUUCCAGCGGCCACCAGGCCACUAAAGCGACGAGCUCCCUUCAUGCCUUCAGCACCAUUCCAUUCCGCCAAAAGGAACCCGAACCCGGUACUCGCAGCGACCGCGAAUCUCUCUCUCCUCAGCGAUCGGAAGCGACCAAGUCCGGGACGGACAGCGAGGUUGCGGAGCAUCCUGCCGCAUUCGAUCCCAAGAACACGAGCCCGGAGGGCGAGUUAAAUCAGACUGCCAAAGAGAGCCAACAACAGGGCAAGCAGAAGAACCCUUUGAACAUGAGCCCUGCCAACCAGGAGGUCAAUGAUUGGAAAGCAGAGAACGGCAAGAGCCGCAAUGCCGACCGAGAUGCAUCAAGCAGUCGGGGUGCGCCGAAGAAGAACCGGUCUAUACAUGUCAAGGAGGACGGGACGCAUGUCUCGUACCGGGAUUGA